AUGGAGGAUGAUGAGCAUGCAGCCAAAAGAAUGAGUAGGAUCAAGCUUGAAGACGGAAUCGCGAAUGGUCAACCCGAGCCCAUGGACACGACCGAGUCUACGCCAACACACGGCAUCAAGGGUGGUGCCUCACCUGCAUCCAUCAAUGGCCUCAAAUCAGAGAGCGACGGCGUAAACACGCCAGCUUCAGGCAAGCCACGCCUGUCGCGAAGACCCUCACAAAAACCUGCCGAACCCGAAACGAGAUUGUUCGACCACCUUCCCAACAUGACAGACGAGUCUUGCAAGGAUUUCCAGGUUAUUCGAGAUUGUCUCUACGGCUCAAAACACCUGGGCUCUACUGACAAUGACGCUUUGGAUUGUGACUGCGGAGAGGAGUUUCAAGAUGGAGAGAACUUUGCCUGCGGCGAAGAUUCCGACUGUAUCAACCGCGCAACCAAAAUGGAGUGUGUCGCCAGUGGAAGCAAUUGUGGAGGUGGCUGCCAAAAUCAACGGUUUCAACGCAAACUUUGGGCCGAUGUUGCCGUCAUCAAGACCGAGAAGAAGGGGUAUGGCCUUCGAACCGAAGCUGAUCUACAACCGAACGAUUUUAUUUACGAGUACGUCGGGGAAGUAAUUAACGAGCCCACGUUUCGACGAAGAAUGCUGCAGUACGACGAAGAGGGUAUCAAGCAUUUCUACUUUAUGUCCCUGAGCAAGAGUGAAUUUGUAGAUGCCACAAGAAAAGGCAACCUCGGUCGAUUUUGUAAUCACUCCUGCAGUCCGAACUGCUACGUGGACAAAUGGGUAGUCGGAGAUAAGCUGCGCAUGGGAAUUUUUGCCCUGCGCAAGAUUCGAGCUGGGGAAGAAUUAGUUUUCAACUACAACGUUGAUCGAUAUGGUGCGGAACCUCAGCCAUGCUACUGUGGCGAGCCGAAUUGCGUGGGAUUCAUCGGAGGCAAAACUCAGACAGAGCGCGCCACCAAGUUGCCGACCACAGUUGUUGAAGCUCUCGGAAUCGAUGAUGCAGACGGAUGGGACACGACUGUUGCUAAGAAACCACGCCGUAAGCGACCCGAAGAAGAUGACGAAGAGUACGUUAAUAGCCUCCCGACUCGGAGCUUGGAUGAGGAUGGAUCUAGAAAGGUCAUGGCCGCGCUGGUGCAAUGCAAGGAGAAAUGGAUCGCUGUCAAGUUGCUUGAACGUAUCCAGCGGGCCGAUGAUGAGCGAGUGCUUCGCUCUGUCAUGCGAAUGCACGCCUACCAGAUUCUCAAAACCACACUCAACACUUUUAUCGAUGACGACAAUGUUGUGCUACAGGUGCUGGACAUUCUCGACAAGUUUCCACGUAUGACGAGAAACAAGAUUCAGGACGCUAAAAUUGAAGCCACCAUUCAACCUCUGACCAACUCGGAACACGAAGAAGUGGCAUCGAAAUCUAAAAAACUGCUGGAAGACUGGAGUAAACUGGAAGUAGCAUAUCGCAUUCGGAGACGAAAGGUUGACCCCAAUGCACCCGUUCAGAAUAUCUUUGAUGACCGGCGAGGACAAGCUCGAGAGGAAGAAACGGCUCAGUCGACACCAAAGACGGCGUCCCCGAGGCCAAUUGACGCCCCCAAGGGUCCCAAAAAUAGUGCUCCCCAGCGCAGUGUUUCGUUUCAACACAACAGCGCAAACAGGCCACCACGACGUUUUGGGCCGUUGCCCGAAGGCUGGUUCACAGCCAAGGAUAGCAGGGGAACCACCUACUAUUAUAAUAAGCAAGGGAAAACUACAUGGAGCAGGCCAACACAACCAGCAAAUGAUGGGCCAAAAGCACCCUCCAAAGCCAUUCAGGAGCAGCUAGCGAUCCAAAGUAUCAUUGACAGGGUGACCAAAGAAGGAACGCCGAAACAGACUGCAUUGCAACCAACUCCGUCACAUUCUGCCGAGUCAUCAUCCAGGGAGUCUAAAAGAGAGAAAUGGAAGGCCCUGCCCAUUGACAAGCAGAUGAAAAUAUACGAAAACACGGUAUUCCCACCAGUGAAACACGUAUUGGAUAAGUUUCGACAUAAGCUCCCCAAGGAAGAACUCAAACGACUAGGCAAAGACAUUGCCAAAAAGCUCGUGGCGUCUGAUUACAAGAACAAGCGAGUAGACGACCCAACAGCGGCCCUCAGCGAGAAACAAACGCUUAAAAUAAAAAAGUACGUCAAGGACUUCUUGACACGAGCGGUUGAAAAGUAUGAAGAGCACCAGAAGAAACAUGGGUCAAAGGAGGGCAGACCCGGAGGCUCUGAUGGCAAAGCUACGGCUGCCAGCGACGCAUCCCAGAGCGUAGAGCCCGAGGCUACAGACGACAUUGUCCUCAGUGACGCUGAGGAAGACGACUCUCCCACCAGCCAAGAACGUAAGCGCAAGCGAGACGCCGAAAUGGCAGAUUCAGCUGUCGCCACACCCUCUGAGGGACCGGACACGAAACGAUUACGAGGAGAAGACGGUGCCGAGCCGACCCCCCCUCCACCACCUCCUCCCCCACCGGACUCUACCUCGGAUGAUGCCCUGACCGAGGAGCAAAGUGCGGAACAAAAAGCCCUCCAGGAACAAGAAGAGGCGCUGAUGCGGGAAAAUGAAGAGGCACAAAGGCUGGAAGACGAAGCGAAUAAGGCCAAGAAUCUGGAAGAAAAAGCUGAAGAGAUGCGCCAAGACAUCACUCUGGCGGCGUAA